CUUCCAUAAUUUUUCAGUAAGUAUCGCGUGACGACUCAUAUUUUUGGCAAAGAUGUAUCGAUCUACUUCGAUUCCAUUUUCAACUCAAACCACUCAUAACAGCUCUGAAUGCAUUUACUCAUCAGAUUUUUACAGUUGCUCUUGAUCCAUGAUGUCUAUUCUUUCCAAGAAAAUCAUUAUCGCUUUUCUCGCGUCCCUCUGGUUAUGUUAUGAUCAGGUGGCCGCAAGCGACAUCUACGAUGUUAUCAUUAUCGGUGCUGGUUGGUCGGGCCUUGCUGCAGCAAAUUACCUCAUUGAAGCAGGCAUCACUCAAAACAUUUUAAUCCUAGAGGCAAGAAAUCGUAUUGGAGGUCGCAGCUACACAAGAGAAGAUGCCUUCAAGCGUGGGCAUCCGGUUGAACUGGGCUCCGGAUGGAUCUAUCCCGGGACAAAUGUCUUUGACCUUGUCGAAAAGCUUGGAAUAUCACAUGAUACAACGCAUUAUGAGUUUGAUACUAUAGGAUUGUACAAGAACUCUACCGGCGAACUUUCAGAAGAUGAAAAAUCGAUCUUAGUUGAUCAAGAUUUUCUCAAGGACUUCGUGAAAUAUGCAGACAAAAAUUCCGCCAACGAAGUGGAUUGGAUCGAGAUCAAGGAGAGCUACUUUGCUGAGAAUCCUUUCAUGACCAACUUGGAAAGGCAAUCCAUAAAUGCAUUGGUACAUGCGGGUAAGUGAGAAAUCGUCAAUUCGUGUCUCUCAAAUGUGGUUGUCUCACACUUAGUACCUGCAUUUUAAACAGGCAUUACAAUCGAGUUUGGAAGUCCUCUCAGUGAUACAAAUUCCGAAACGACCAAGGAAUAUCUUGAAAGAGGCGAUUGGCGCGACAUCGAAUUCAUGGCAGUUCCAGGAGGAACUGGCGGGGGAUACACAGGAGCAUUAACCAGAGGCCUUGCACAAAAUUUUGCUGAAAAGAUCAAGACGAAUGAACCGGUUGUUAAAGUCGAUCAGCAAGGAGACAUUCUUGAGGUUUACACUUCAAAUGGUCGAGGUACGUAAAGCAUUUUUCUCUCCUGUGCAACAGCUAUGAGCAAAAAUCAUCUAUUGUUGACGAUUGAGUACUGACAUAUUUUUUAACGCUUUUGUUCCAAGUCUUUUACGCACGUUCUGCUAUUGUCACAGUGCCACUAGGUGUCCUGAAAUCUUCUAGUAUUGAGUUUGUUCCUCCACUCAAUGACGAAAAGCUAGAAGCUAUUGAUUUGAUUGGAAUGGGCAACAUGAACAAGGUUAUCAUGUACUGGGACAAAUCCAUUCAAGAUGUUUCGUGGUGGCCACGAGGCAAAAUUGAACUGCAACUAAUUACUGAUGAAGACUCGACAUCCGACGAAUGGACCUACUUUUAUGUAGAUGAGUCGCAUAAUGGGAACGAAGAUUACCAUGUGUUGACCUCUUGGUGUGGAGGUGAUGCAUGCGACCGACUUGAACUUUUAUCAGACCAAGAAACAAUUGACCUGGUUCUUGGAAAUCUGAGAACGAUGCUUGGAAAUAAUGUUCCCGCACCGUCCGAGCGUAUUAUCACUCGAUGGAGGUCCGACGAAUUCAGUGGUGGUGCUUAUUCCUAUGAUGCGGAUACAGGAGGCUUCGAUAGUAGUAGCUAUCGCAAGACGCUUUUCGAACGGAUGGGAAACAUAUUCUUUGCUGGAGAGGCAACUGAUUCCGAUGGGUGGCAUGGCACUGCGGUUGCUGCUUAUACAAGUGGUGUCAAGGCUGCAAGCAAUGUCGAAGAUUCGGGGAUUCUCGAAUUGCCGCCUCCUCAGUUUUUCCCUCAAUGCACAAAGAUGCAUGGAGAUUGUGGUGGACAGUUCGACGAACCUUGCUGUGGAGGUCUUUCGUGUGUUAUGGAUUCUAGGCUAAGUCCGGUACCAUCUAUCAACGGAGAUUUGAAAACUAUCACCAAAUCAAUUAGAAAAGUGUGCACCGCCGCUCAAAGGGGCAAACGCGAUAGGCUAAGGGUGGGAUCCAUUUCGAUGUAUCACCGUGUGAGUCGACGCGCAGGUGACUAACGGAAACCCACACGGCUAGAAGAUUGCAAGACGAAAGCAAAAUCAUUGCAUUAUGAAAAAAAUGCAUAAUACAUAUACCUAGUAAAC